ACUUGUGUGGUGAUCCUGUGCUUAAUAUAAAUACUACUCUUUGCCUGUACCUAUCAAAAUGAUGAAAGAAAUGACGUUACUGACAUUGACUUGACGGUGAAAGGUCAACGGUUUUGUAAAAUAAAUGCAAAAUAGCAAUACAAACGUUGUUUUUUUGUAAAUUACUUUAGUAGGUUACAUUCAAUUUAAGCAUCGUACUGGGUUUAUUCGUGAUCGCGUAUAGCGCCGUCGUACUUCGCUCACACCGGACGUUUCUCCAAUUGUAAGAAAUGGCUUCGCGCUUUCAAGUCGUAGAACUCGGCCCGCCGAUCGAAGUAUUCCAGUUAAAUAAACUGUGUGUCGAAGAUUCUUAUCAGAACAAAGUAAACUUAGGUGUUGGAGCUUACAGAGAUGAACAUGGUAAACCAUGGGUACUGCCUAUAGUUCGCAAGAUGGAGAAACAAAUGGCAGAUGAUCCAACCCUCCUACAUGAAUAUCUGCCUGUGCUUGGUCUGGAGCAAUUCAGCGCUGCCUCCGUUGCCAUGCUGCUCGGAAAGGACAACCCCGUCAUUGCCGCCGGCCGAGCUUUCGGUGUUCAAACGCUGUCGGGAACAGGCAGUCUGCGCGUUGGAGCUGAAUUCUUGAACAAGCACUUGAAGGCGACCACCUUCUACUACUCUACUCCUACGUGGGAGAACCACCACCUCGUGUUCGUGAACUCCGGCUUUACGAACCCCCGGUCGUACCGGUACUGGGACGAGAAGACCAGGGCCAUAGACAUUGAUGGGCUCCUUGAGGACUUGAGGAACGCGCCGGAGAACUCUGUGAUACUUUUACACGCGUGCGCACACAAUCCUACUGGCAUAGACCCGACGCAAGAGCAGUGGGAGAAGAUCGCUGACGUCAUGGAGGAGCGCAAGUUGUUCCCGUUCUUCGACAGCGCGUAUCAAGGCUUCGCUUCAGGCGACUUGGACAAGGAUGCGUGGGCGGUGCGAUACUUCGUCAAGCGGGGCUUCGAGCUGCUCUGCGCGCAGUCCUACGCCAAGAACUUCGGGCUAUACAACGAGCGCGUGGGCAACCUCGCAUUCGUGGUAUCGGACGCGUCGUGCGUGCCGGCGAUGAAGUCCCAGCUGACGUGGGUGGUGCGCGGGAUGUACUCCAACCCGCCCGCUCACGGCGCGCGCGUCGUGGCCGGCGUGCUGCACGACCAGAAGCUCUACGACGAGUGGAAGGACAACAUCAAGUUGAUGGCGACUAGAGUCAUACAAAUGAGGGAGACCUUGAGAGCAGAACUUAUUAAAUUGGGCACCCCCGGCAACUGGGAUCACAUAGUGAAACAGAUCGGGCUGUUCUCCUACACGGGCCUCACUCCUCGUCAAGUGGAGCAUUUGAUUCAAGAGCACCACGUUUAUUUACUUCGCUCCGGCCGCAUCAAUAUCUGUGGCCUCAACCCGAGCAACGUGCAUUACAUGGCCAACGCUAUACACGAUGCGGUCACCAAGUUCCCCGCUGAAAAUGACAGUCGUGCGAAAUUAUAACGCUGCCAUGAACUGCUAACACUACUUUGCCAGGUACAUACAUUGGUGAUGGGGGUUAUAAGC